AUGACCCACGACGUAGCGCCAGCACCACGAUUUCACGACGAGAAGGCCGCGUCCCUCGAGGACUUGGCGCUGAUCGACCCCCACCUGGAGCGCAAGCUGCUCUGGAAGAUGGACCUGCAUCUUGUCCCCAUUCUGUGGCUCAUGUGGACAUUCUCAAACCUCGACCGCAGCAACAUUGGCAACGCGUAUGCUGGAGGAAUGAAGGCCUCUCUUGGGAUGGACAGUACUCACUACUCGAUUGCGCUGCUAGUGUUCUUCAUCGGUUAUGUUAUUCUUGAGAUUCCAAGCAACAUGAUUCUCGUCCGUCUGCGCCCAUCGAUCUUCCUGCCCGCCUGCAUGUUCCUUUGGGGUGCCAUCGCCAUCGCCCUCGCCGGUUGCAAGACCCCUGGAGCUCUCGCCGGCGUACGUGUGCUGCUUGGUCUCGCGGAGAGCCCCUUCGCCCCCGGUGUGCUGUACCUGUUGUCCACCUGGUACAAGAAGAAGGAGCUGGCUCGCCGCUACACUCUCUUCUGGCUUGGCACUCCCGUGUCAGGAAUGAUCGGCGGUAUCCUAGCAGGAGGAAUCAUUGGCAAGCUGCACGGCAAGGGCGGAUUCGAGGGCUGGCAGUGGCUGUUCGUCAUUGAGGGCGCUGCCACUUGCGUUGUGGCGCUCGCCGCAUUCUUCCUCCUCCCGGACUACCCGACCACUACGAAGUGGCUCACCGACUCGGAACGUGAUAUCAUCCUCCGCCGUCUCGGUGAGGAGAACCUUAAUGUUGAGGGCGAGGAAAUGGGGCACAUGGAAAGCUUGAAGGCAGCGUUCACAGACUGGAGGACUUACCUCUUCGUUCUCCAAUAUGUGCUGGCUACUGGCUCGAUGACCAUCACCUACUUCAUCCCCACACUCGUUGGUACCUCUGGUCUUGGCUACACCGGCUCCAUGGUGCAGUACAUGACUUCACCAAUCUACGCCGUCGGAAUUGUCUGUGUCUUCACGGUCUGCUUCCUCUCCGACUACCUCCAAGAGCGCGGGUUCUUUGUUGUCGGUGCAGCGCUCAUGGGCACUGUGUCAUUCGGAAUCAUCAUGGGCGUCCAAAACCACGUGGUGCAGUACAUUUUCCUUUGUUUCGGCCUGGCAUCCAUUUUUUGCUGCGUCCCGACCAUCCUCGUGUGGGCCUCCAACGUCGUAUCGUGGCCCAGAGAGAAGAGAGCAAUCAUACAGGCCAUGCUGAACGUGGCUGGUAACGUUGCAAGCAUCUAG